AACCGGCAAACAUCUGUGUCUCGAUCUCAACAGUACAGAAUUUUUUUGGCUAUACAACACUUACGAAUAAGUGCACAAUCACGUUCGGUUUUUCUCUCCGUAAUUCGUGAUAAUACGGCGAUUAGCGGCUGUCGGCCGGCGACAUAGCCUUGUGUUUUCCACUCGUAUGCGAACAGUUCGGUUGUAUAGUUUUUAUUUUACUUCCGUUUGAACACGAUAUAUGAUUUAUGCCUAAACCGGAUCCUUGUAAGAAGUUAGCUUGCGCUAUUCAAAAAUGUCUAUCUGAAAAUGAUUUUCAAGAGUCUCGUUGUACAAAGCAUAUAGACAAUCUACUAGAGUGUUGUAAAAAAUAUCACGCAAUUUCUCUAGUGUGUUCUGGUAUGAAACCUAAAGCAAUAACAGCAGAAAAUCAAAAUAUAAAGACGGUACCCUAGAACACUUAUAGUUACUGGAUGUACAAUUGGUCUUUUGAUUUUGUUCAGUAAAGGAUUUUAUGAUAUUUUUAAACCGAAUACUGCAGAAGAUAUAAAAAGAAAAUUAGUUAUCGAAAAAAUCAAACAACUAAAUCUCCAAAAAGAAA